AUGGACCGGGAACCGGCUGAAGAGUUCGGAAGCCAGACCUCCUCCAGCUCCGAAACCCUGUCUGAGGGGGAUUCACAGAGCUCUAAUGAGGAGACCGAAUCUGAACUGGAGAGCGCUGAGGUGCUUCGUCCUCGCGCUAUAAGCUUCACAUGUUUCGACCGAAAGGUGACGGAAAUCUGCGAAGGAGAUUCGGAAGACGACAGCGAUGAGGAGAAAAUGAGGAAUAAAUGGCAGAAUGGCAGAAAUGGGCAGAAACAGAACCGUGAAGAAAAAGAAGAUGAAGACGAAACGCUGGAUCACAUCCUGUCUCCACCCUUCACGCCUUUCAGCAAGAUGAGCAAUCCUGAGCUGCGCAGCGGUUCUGGCCAAGCACUUAAAUUCACACGUCAGUUAAGCGAUGAGGGCAGACAGCUCCGUCGAGGGAGUCUGGGCAGCGCGCUCACAGGGAAGUACCUGUUGCCAUACAUGUUGACUCAGCAGUCAUGGCCAGCUGCGAGGAUGGACAGCUCAAACCUUGUGCGCAUGAGAUCCCAAAGCUUUGGGAAAUCAGCUCCCUCUCUUACUGCCAGUUUGAAAUGUGAGUGUGAUUGA